GUAUACAAGUAUAACAGAUUGUAUACGAGUAUAACAGAUUGUAACAACUCAGCGGUGCGUCUAUGGUAGCGCUGAAAAAGUAACCAAACAGAAUGAAGCAGGCAUGAAGAAAAGCAAACUAAAUAUGCAAUUUUUGGUUUUGCCUGCAUUGUAUAAAUUUAGUCUACUUUCGAUUUUAAUGAAGGGCGGUUGUGCGUCAAGUUGGUGCGGUGAAAAUUUCUAAAAUCGUAAACAAACACGCUAUAAAUAAAUAAUAAAAAUUUAGUGAAUUAUACAUAAACUAAGUAUGCAUUCCACAAUAAGCAAAAGACAUUUUAAACGUUUAGUAAAAAAAAAGGAGGAACAAUUAUUGGCGUUUAAAGAAGUAGAUAUAAAUGAGAGAGACAUUUUAAGUCAUGCAUCUGUAGAAGAUGAUGUAAAAGACUUUAGUUCGGAGAUAUUACCUUCCUGCAGUAUGAUUGAAGGAACAGAUGGUGAAGUUUUGCGUACCAUUCUAUUAGAGCUACGAGCAUUACAAAGUGAUGUUACCGAUUUAUCUAACAGAAUUGCGGUUAUUGAAACGAAUCAACAGGGAAUGCAAAUCCGCCAAGAACGGCUUAUCAGUCAAUGUGCUGAGAAUGCAGUAAUUUUAAAACAUGGUUUAAAAUGCAAUCAAGUGCAUCAAGUGGAACAGUUUCCAAUACAGUCUGAGGAGGAUUUGAUCAAGUUUAACGACGAAAUCACUGCCGUUGAAGUAGUUGCUGCAUCAAUAAAGCGCAUUCUUGAUCAACAGCCAUUUGCACGAAAGAUUUCAUGGAUUUUUGGACAACAAAUAUUAAUAAACUACAACUUUGAUGGUACCCAAGGCAAAAAACCGUUGAGAGACUUAAAAAAUGUGACAGAAGCCCUUUUUGAUGCUUUAAGGACAGAUGAUAAGCACGACAAAGUAAUCGAAACCGAAAUCAGACAAGCUUUUCGUGCUGCCAAAAACAGGUACCACAAAGCAAGGAGUGUCCGAAAAUCUGUACAAAUGCGAACUCCUCUUCCCAUAGAAUAAGAAAACAAUAUUCUUAAAAAAAUUUAUGUAAAUAUU